AUGUCUUUUCGAUAUGCUUUUUCUCGCGUAUCGGGGUAUUUCAAUGCCGCAAGACGCGUCCAAGCUCGUUUAAUAUCUUCGAGUUCUUAUCAUUUCCACGUGGCUGCCAGCUGGGCUGCAAAACCACCGUAUCCCGCUACUCGCCGGAUGAGGCCGUUUAAACCCAACCCAGCUAUAGUUUCAUGGCGCGACAAAACUUUAACAAAACUCGGGAGCCCGCAAGCAAGCCCAGGAGAAGACUUUUUGUUCACAAGGACACAGGGCCAACGCCUCGUUUUUGGUGUUGCAGAUGGUGUUGGCGGUUGGCAAGACCAAGGCGUGGACCCUUCGCUGUUCUCUCAAGCGCUGAUGUACUACGCUGACAUGCACUCAGUGAAUGCGUCGCCGUCAGAGUGCAUGAAACUCGCCUAUGAUUCUGUCUUGAAAGAUGACGAGGUGUCCGUAGGAUCUAGCACUGCUUGUAUUCUAAGCCUCGAUGCCUCAUCUGGCUCUCUCACAACAGCGAACCUAGGGGACUCUGGCUUCUGUAUAUACCGAAACUCUACUAUAUUUUAUGCCAGUAGGCCCCAGACACAUCAUUUUAACUGUCCUCGCCAGUUAUCCAAAUUGAAGGACAGAAGCUGGGACUUCUCCUCUGACCGUGCUAUUGUGGACCAUCCUCGUGCCGCGUCUCUUCAUGAUGAGGCGUUGGCGGAUGGGGACAUAGUCAUCGCCUACACAGAUGGAGUCUCGGACAAUGUUUGGCCAGCCGAAAUUGCCCAAAUCUGUGGCUUAGCACUAGAUCGGCAGGACUCUGAAGAUACCAAGGCGCAACUAAUAGCUUCCAGUGUCGUUUAUAACGCACGCAAGUUUAUGUUCAACCAAAACAGGGUUUCUCCGUUCGAGGCAGAAGCCAGACAACACCACAAAAGAAUGCCUGGUGGGAAAGUUGACGAGUGUGUGGAAUAUAUUGUGCUAUGUGUUUACCAACUAUUUCCAGUGCCACAGUUGUUGUUGCUGUUGUCAAGAAAGCAGAGUCUUGACGCUGGUUUUAUUCAUCUUGUUGGCCCACUACUAGUACAUGGCAGUCCUUUCAACGAAACUCUCGAUCACCCCCGCGGAUGUCAACGGAUACUCCUUCAGGGUGACAUUAUCGUUAGCGUCAAUGAACAAGUUUGGUUGAACAAAGAUUUUUCGCGCGAGUUUCUUCUUAAGUACCAAGUCGCGCACUUCUGA